AUGACAGACAAUUUUCCUCCAACUGCGGAUGAACCAUCAGUGAUGCCACAUAUUUUAACAUUGGACAAUCCUUCCAUGGUGGACGAACCAUCAAUGCUGCAUCAUGAUGCAACAGCGGACCAUGCUACCAUGUUGGACCAACCAUCAAUGCUGCAACAUACUUCGACAGUGGAUGAUACUUCCUUUGUGGCCGAACCAUCAAUGCUGAAACAUUCGGCAAGAGUGGAUGAUCAUUCCACGGCGGACCAAACAUCAAUGAUGCAAGAAUAUUCUUCUGUGGUUCAAAGUUCCACUACGGUAGAGACUUCCACGGUAAAUGAAACAUCCAUGAGGCAAGAACAAUCAACAAUGGAUGAUCCUUUCAUGGAGGAAGAAAAUUCAACCAUGCUAAACCCUUUAAUGUUAGAUAAAGCCAUAGAAAGCAACAUGGUGACUGCCACACAGACACAGGAUAACAUUAAUGAGGAGCCUGUAUUGCACAGCCAGAAAAGUAAUAUUGAUACAGAAGAUACCAACCAGGUGGAAUUGAAUGCAGAGACUGCACAUUCUAGUGUAAUUGACCAUGGUCUUCAAGACCAAUUCCUGGACUCUACAAAUCAAGAACUUUUUAUACACACAGAAUGUGACGUUAGCAGAUCACAAACCAUUAGCCAACAGGAUUCUUUAAAGGAAACCAUGCAGCUAAUUGAGAGGAAUAGAAAUGAAGAAAUGAAAAAAAUUGAACAUCAAAUAAAUCAGCUGAAUAAUAAUAUACAGAUUCUCAACACAACACAAAGACAACAGAAUCAAGCACUUGUCACUCUUGCAAAUUUUUACGAUCAUCUUGUUUCAUCACAGAAUGUGGCAGCAAUCAACUACCAACAGAUGCAGCACAGUAUAAAUCAAAUGCUAGCAUGGCAGUAUGAGACUAUUACCAUCACACGCAUGAUUUCCACUUUCAUGCAACUGUUGACAGAAGAAAGACAAAGAAUGUCCAGAUCAGAUAAUCCUUCUUGUAUAUCCAAUGCUACAGCAGGAACCUUUGUAUCCAGCUGUACACGUGGAGACUAUGUAACAAGCUCUACACACAGAGAGUAUGCAACGAGCGCUGCACCUGGAACCUAUCUAUACACCACUUUACCAGGAGAAUCUGUAUCCACCCCUGCAGCAGGAACAGAUGUAUCCACCACUUUACCAGGACCCUAUGUAUCCACCACUGCAACAGUAACCUAUGUAUCCACCACUUUACCAGUAUACUCUGUAUCCACUGCUGCAGCAAGUACCAAUGUUUCCACCACUUUAACAGGACCAUAUGCAUCCUACACUUUACCAGGACCCUAUGUAUCCACCACUGCAGCAGGACCCUAUCUAUCCACUACUUUAACAGGACCCUAUGUAUCCUCGACAUUAUCAGAACCCUAUGUAUCCAUCCCUGCACCAAGACCCUAUGUAUCCACUACUUUAACAGGACCCUAUGUAUCCUCGACAUUAUCAGGACCCUAUGUAUCCAUACGUGAAACAGGACCCUGUGUAUCCUCCACUUUUGCAGGACCCUAUGCAUCCAUCCCUGCACCAAGACCCUAUGUAUCCACCACUGCAACAGAACCCUAUGUAUGCACGACUGUAACAGGACACUAUGUAUCCUCAACUUUAGCAGAACCCUAUGUAUCCAUCCCUGCAUCAAGACCCUAUGUAUCCACUACUUUUACAGGACCCUAUGUAUCCUCCACUUCAGCAGGACCCUAUGUAUCCACCACUGCAACAGAACCCUCUGUAUCCACGACUAUAACAGGACACUAUGUAUCCUCAAUUUUAGCAGAACCCUAUGUAUCCAUCCCUGCAUCAAGACCCUAUGUAUCCACUACUUUUACAGGACCCUAUGUAUCCUCCACUUCAGCAGGACCCUAUGUAUCCACCACUGCAACAGAACCCUCUGUAUCCACGACUGUAACAGGACACUAUGUAUCCUCAAUUUUAGCAGAACCCUAUGUAUCCAUCCCUGCAUCAAGACCCUAUGUAUCCACUACUUUUACAGGACCCUAUGUAUCCUCCACUUUAUCAGGACCCUAUGUAUACAACAACUUACAUGGAGACUAUGUAUCCACUGCUUAUAGAGGCCUCAAUGUAUCCACCACUGCACCAGGGCCCUAUUUAUUGAAGCCAAAACCAGGACACUCAGAAUCCACUACUGGACAAAUUGCCUCAGAAUCCACCGCUGACUCAGGACCCUCAGAAUCCACCGCUGCAACAGGAAAGUAUAAAUCCACCGCUGCACCUGUACCCUCUGAAUACAGCCCUGAAAACACAAAUUUGAGAAGCAUAGCUGUAGCAUCAGAAGUGCAUUCAAGAUUGCAAUUGGCUUAUCGACCUAGCUCAAGCUAUGAUGAGAAUAUGGAUCUUCGAGUCAGAUUAGAGCGUGCAAAUAUUCAAAUUCAACAUUGGAAGAGACAGGAAGCUAACGAUGAGGAUGAAGCUUAAAUAUUAAAGAUAUGUCACAAACGGUCUUGCGAGCCAGGGUGAAGGAACUGAAGACAGAGGGAUACAGAGUCAUCCAUGUGUCCUGUUUGAAAAGA